AUGCCACGGGCGGAUGCUGUGUGUAACGAGUUUCCGGGAAAACGAGCAUGCCGGGCGCAAGUGGUUGGUUGGUUGGUGCGCAUUGGCGGCACGGAGGAGUCUUCAUUUCUGGUACUGUACACGGUUCCGUCGUCUUCCGCAGUCUUUAGAUCCAACUCUUAUUGUGGACGAGAGUGGGCCGACGACUGGAUCUCUCUUUUUUUUCUGCCCUCCGUGCCAGCCAUCUCUUCAAAUGGCUUGUCGGGAGAGAACACCGAAGGACCCCGUCCCCCUCUCACACUUGGUCAGACUCAGACACUUGAGCGCUUGCUGACAAAGUCCCUCAUCGCGGCCUUGGCUUCCCGAGUCUUUUCCACCUACGCCUGCAGAGCUGACACCAGCACUGUUCGGUACACACACAGACGGUACAGAGACUCUCUCCUGGAUUCGGCUGUCCACGUUUCGCCCAUCGACCCGGCCAACCAACGCGGACAAGGCCGGAUAUGCCCCAUGCGCCCCAAGGUGCUGCGGCUCCUCACGGCUCCAUCCAAAAAGGGUCCUGAUAAGAGCAACACCUUCGCAACCCAUCAAAAUAUGCUAGACACGAAUGCACGUCCGCAACAAAUGGCCGAGGAGGAAGCGAACUCGGUGUUCAGCCACGACGAGGGCUCAAGUGGUGAAGACACGACAAACAAUGGCUCGGCCGGUGCACCGAGGAAGCGUAAGAGGGAGAAGCACCAAAAGACAUCAUGCGAACUAUGCAAGGCGAGGAAGGUCAAGUGCGAUCGUGCAGAGCCCGCAUGUUCUUGGUGUGCCCGUCACAACCGAACAUGCGUCUAUCUAGAAAGGCAGAAGCCGGGUAGCCGUAUCGGUUUCAGUCUCGAACUUGAAGCCAAGGUUAACAGGCUCGAUGCUCUCUUGCAGGCUCUUGGUCGUCGUGUAGAAGAUCACAUCGCCCAUGAUCACGUCGCCACAUCACAGGCUCAUUCGCCAUCCAUCAGCAAUCAGGCGCCAUCACAAAUCGAGGGAUUCCGUCCUGAUGGAAAUGCGAAUGGCGUCAGUCCGGCUCCGGGCCUUCCAAGAGGGCCACCAACCACGAAUGGGAGAACACCAGCCUUCUCGAGCCCUUUCUGGCAGGGCGGUGACGCCCAAGAGACGUUACAGAAUGGUGACCGGACUUCAGUUCAGGCUCUCUUGAACCUAUCCGCAGGCGAGUCUUUCAGCCAAGCAGGCGCAUCGCCGAGCGUCAACGGGCCUCGAAAAGAUGCACACUCAGUCCCGACUGUCUCUGAGUUCCCGCCUCACGACAUGCUGUACACGCUUGUCGACCUAUACUUCAAACACUGCAACACGUGGUGUCCGAUCUUGGACCGCAAAACGACCUUCGGUGCCUUUUUUGGUUCGACGUCCCUCAACGAAGCCGAUCGUGUUUUGUUACAUGCUAUAGUAGCAACGACACUAAGGUUCAUGAAAGACCCGCGGCUGUCGCCCGACAUGCGGUCACACUACCAUGCAGUGUCGAAACAUAGGGUGCAGAUAUAUGCGAUGGAGAACGUGAGCAUUGCCGCGUUGAGGGCUUUGGUGAUACUCUGCCUGGACGAGUUGGGAACCUCAAAUGGGCCGCGCGGUUGGAACAUGCUCGCGUUGCUCUCGCAGAAUGUGAGACAACUGGAACUCUGUGAAGAGAGCAGCGUGUAUCUCACGGCCGAGGCAGAGGAGACGCCGCACACGGGCUCGAUCCGUCGGGUGGCGAUGGGCCGACCAGAAUCUUGGAUUGAAGAUGAGGGCCGUCGACGGCUUUGCUGGAUGGUUUAUCUCCUCGAUCGAUACGCGACGAUAGCGACAACGACGCUCGACUUCAUGCUCGACGACAAAAAGAUGAAGCGCGGUUUGCCGUGUUCAUACGACCUCUUUUCGAGAAACGUUCCCGUUGAGACGAAGUCAUGGAGUCCGUCAUCCGACCAAACCGGCAGCCCGACCAUCAAUAAACCCGAAAACCUCGGCAGUUUCUCGUACCACUGCGAGAUCCUGCGUAUACUGAGCAAGGUCCACGACUUUCUCAAAACACCCAUCGACGUAACAUCGUCGUCGGAAAUGGCGGUUUGGCGGAACACAUAUAGAUCGCUGGACGGUGCGCUCGACAGCUGGUUGCAGAGCUUGCCCAGCGAGUACAGCAGAAUUUCGGCUCUGUGCCACUCAGAUCCCGCGAGCCGCGUCGCCAACUGGUUCAUGCUGCAUAGCGCAUAUGUCACGUCUGUGGUGCGUCUGCAUUCCUCGGCUGCGUACCCCACUGUGAGAUCUCACAUCUUCGUCCCAUCGCACUAUGCCAUGCAGAGGUGCUUGUCUGCCGUGCAAAGUCUCGGCGAUAUUGCGCAGGACGUCUUUGAGGCCAACGGCCUGGAUCUCUUGGGGCCGCCAUUCGCCUUUUCGUUAUGGGUAGCCGCUAGGUUGCUGCUUAUCCACGCUGCGACUGUUGGGUGUCCCGUUGAUCCCAAGAUUGACUUUUUCAUCGAAACGCUUCGCCAUGUUGGACAGUACUGGGAGGUCGCAAACAAUUACGCCAAAAUUCUUGCUCGGGUGGAGUGCCCACGAUCUGGUAACCUUGACAUCCUCCACACGACGCUCUGGCAUGGAGCCGACAUCGACUCAAGUGACUUCGUUGAGCGAACUUGA